UAUUCUGAUCUGCGGAUCAGCUGGGCGAAGCAAUAACAUCACAAACAAUAUCUGCUUUUUCAUAUUUUGUACUACCUCAUAUAAAAAGAAUACCUAAAGCUAUGCUUUAAGAUUUUUGUGGUUUUUAAUUGUGUGGUCGUCGCGUUUACAACUUGAAUAAUUUUGCAGGUAAGACAGAUCUUUGCACCAAGUGAGACCUUAUAUUACACUGCGCCUUCUCUGAGACUCAAAAAAGGCCAAUACACCUGUGAUCAACCUGCCAUCUGUUACAUCACAGAAAAACAACAUUAGUUACUAUAGUUAAUAUAAUAGCUAUUUAAAAAAAAUAAAAAAAUCUUAUAAGGCAGCUAUCCCUCAGGAAACAAAAAAAAACCUGUGACCUUUGACCUCCGAGACAGCCAUGUUCCAGCGGCUCACCAGUUUGUUCUUUGGAAGUGAAGAAGAACUUACUCCAGAGCUGAAGGGACCGAAGCCCUGUGUGUGUGAGGCUGAUGAAGAGGGAUGGCUCCUGGUCAAUCUGAACGGUGAGGAUGGGCCAGAGGCAGCAUCAGUAGCAUGUGCCCGUCCCCGCAGUGAAUGUCAUGCAUCUCCUCCCACCUGCAGAAACCGCAGGACUAGAUCAGGCAGGAUACAGGCAGCACAUGCUCCCUCCCCUCCCAUCAGCUCUCCUCCUGAUCCCACCUCCUUCUCUCACCUUGAGUCAGUAGAAGUGAAUGUGUUGAUAAGCGAGCGGGGAUCAUGUUCCUGCAGCAUGGAUGAGAGCUGGUUUGUCACCCCUCCGCCCUGUUUUACUGCAGAGGGAGCCACGGCGGAGGCCAGCCCCAUGGAGGACCUCCUCAUCGAGCACCCCAGCAUGUCUGUGUACGUCUCCGCUGGCCCUCUCCCUGCGGUGGAAGAGAGCACCACCAGCCUGGCUGGCAGUGUCAGCGGGAUGUCUGAAUCCGCAGUGCCAGCUGUGACCAGGAGCACACGGGUGACCCGAGGAGCAGCCGCACAGGCAGGGGCCCUGGCUAAAGUCACCCAGGUCUCCAGGGUCCAGAGGGCCAAAGCCCGCACUGAGCGGCGCCACCUGGCUCGCAACCGCAUGCAGCGUCAAAACCGUGUGCGUGAACAGGUCCAACGGCGUGCGACCCACACCCGCAACUCCUUCCUGCACCAACCGUGCCAGCGCAACAUCUGCCACUGAUGCAUCAAAGUUUACAUUGAGGGCAUUAUUACACACCCCAAGAAACCCACACCUUCCAAUGAAUCCCCUACCUUCUUAAUUUACCUCUGAAGUCCUCCUUUUGUUUUUACUGGUGUUAUGUUAAUAAUAUUAUUCAGUUUCAUAUUAAUCAGGUUUGUUUUUGAGCCUAAAUCAGUUUCCCAGUCUGGGAGUAUAGCUGAAAAGGAGACACAUGUAAACUCUGUAUCCCUCUAAAUGUAUAACAAUGACACUUCAGGUACAUGGCACUGCUCGUUGACAUAUAAUCACUUUAAAUUGUCAAAAAUAAA